AGAAGUUUGCGUUUCGAAAUUAUACUAGAAGCUAAAACUGCUGUAACAUCAAAGAAAGAAAUUUGUCCUGUCACCUAUUUGAAUCGUAAUCAACUGUAUGCCAUUCACUUAAGGGACACUACAAGCUCGAACGAAAUUAUCAGAAGUACAUUAUCCUUAGGAUUUCAUCUGCCAGAGCAUCGACAAACAGCCGAAGCGAAAUGGAAAUUUCGAGCAGAUCAUGUUAAGCAAGGAGAUACUCGCAUUCUCGAUAUAGGUAAAAUACUGAUGAUAAUGUAA